AAAAAAUUCUUGAAGAAGAUGACCCUUCAUCCACCAUGGAAGGCAGUUACUUGAAGACAAUCCCAUUUCACCAAAUCUAUCCUUAAAACGAAUCUCUAAUUUUCCUCCAUUUUCAAUGUCUCUCUGUGUUUCUCACCAUUAUAUCACCACCGCUUCCUCCACCGUCUCUCUCUCUCAAAACCCUCCAUUUCUCAUGCAUCCCCUUCGCCGGAAAGUCUCCCUCUUCUCCUCCUACACCACCGCCAUGAAACACCGCAAGAACAAUAACGUGUCUGUGUUUGUAGUCGUCUUCUCUGUUUUUCUUUUUGGGUUCUUUAUGUACAAUGAAGAUGUCAAAUCCAUUGCGGAAUUCCCAUUCUCCAGGCCAAAGGUGGUUCAGCAAGUCGGAAUCCAUGAAAACCCUCUUCAGAAACCAGUCGAUGAGGUGGUUGAGAUCAAUUCCAGGACGACUUUAGUGGUGGAAUCGAAAACCGAAGGUGACCAGUUGAUUGAAUUGCCGGUUCCGGUGGCGGCUGCGGUGGUGGAGGAUCUUGAAGACGAAGAAGAGAUCGAAUUGCCGCCUGAAGAAUGCAAUCUGUACGAUGGGAAUUGGGUUUAUGACGAUUCAACACAUCCUUUAUAUAAAGAAGAUGAAUGUGAGUUUCUUACAGCUCAGGUGACAUGUAUGAGAAAUGGAAGAAAAGAUUCAAUGUAUCAGAAUUGGAGAUGGCAACCCAAAGAUUGCAACUUACCCACUUUUAGGGCAAAGUUACUGCUGGAAAAGCUGAGGAACAAGAGACUUAUGUUUGUAGGGGAUUCAUUGAACAGAAAUCAAUGGGAAUCAAUGGUGUGUAUGGCUCAAUCCAUUAUUCCUCCAGGCAGAAAGAGCUUGAACAAAACUGGCUCUCUCUCGAUUUUCAGAAUCGAGGAUUAUAAUGCGACGGUGGAAUUUUAUUGGGCGCCAUUUUUGGUGGAAUCGAAUUCCGAUGAUCCAACGAUGCAUAGCAUAUUGAACAGAAUUAUAAUGCCUGGAUCCAUAAAAAAGCAUGGUAAACACUGGAAAGAUGUUGAUUAUUUGGUCUUCAACACUUACAUUUGGUGGAUGAACACUUUCACCAUGAAAAUCCUGCGUGGAUCGUUUGAUAAAGGAGCAACCGAGUAUGAUGAGGUUGACAGGCCCGUGGCGUACGCAAGAGUGUUGAGGACGUGGGCAAAAUGGGUCGAUAAAAAUAUCAACCCAAAUCGCACCACGCUCUUUUUCAGCAGCAUGUCUCCUUUGCAUAUCAAGAGCUUGGAUUGGAACAAUCCCGAUGGCAUCAAAUGUGCCAAGGAGACUAAGCCAAUCCUCAACACGUCCAUGCCAUUAGAAGUGGGCACUGAUCGACGGCUCUUUUAUGCUGCAACCGACGUGAUUCGCUCAAUGAAGCUUCCGGUUCACUUCCUGAACAUAACUUCACUUUCAGAAUAUCGGAAAGAUGCACAUACAUCAGUGUACACCAUUCGUCAAGGCAAGAUGUUAACUGACGAGCAGAAGGCGGAUCCAAACACUUAUGCAGACUGUAUACAUUGGUGUCUUCCUGGAUUGCCUGACACAUGGAACGAGUUCCUCUAUACACGUAUCAUAUCUCAUUCUUAACUGGUGCGAGUCAACUCAUUCUUAACCGGUGCGAGUCAACUCAGAUCAACUUGGUUUAUCUACCUUGUUGUAGGAACUAAAAAUCGUUAUUUUCUUUUGCAUACUUGUAUUUAGGGAGAGAACAAAUUUACGUUUUCGUAUUUUGUUUUUCGUUCUGAAAAUUUUGUUUUAGACAUUUGAUAAAAACGCAAAAUUGUUUCCAAAUGUACAAUGAAACGUUCAAAGGCAAAUAAAUGAUUACAAAAAUU